CAGAGAGAGCCGCCAGGAAAGGUUGACCUGGAUGGACCUUCCGGAGACGAUGUUUUCCAUAUGACAUGAGGAGAUGGGAUGCAGCCUGACAGAAACCUCACAAAAGGAAGCCGCUGCUGUUUCAGGGGAGAGGCGGACUCGUGCUCCCACACACUCCAGGCUCACUUGGAGAGCAACAUUUCUCCAGGGCACAGCGGGGAAUUGGGCAGCGUGCCUGAAUCUGCAACUUGCCCUGGAUUUACCUCAAAGCGUUGAGACUGGAAUGCCGAAAGCCAACAGGGAUGUGUCUCCCAAGGGGAAAGGCAACCCCGAGAGCGCUCUGCUCAACGAGAAAGUGAGGUCUUGAAGCGCCCCAAGAGUUGCUGAAUCUAAAGCGAGCCCCUUCCGAGAGGACCCAAGUGUGGCUGGCAGGGGAGGGGAUCAGAGCCAGGCUGCAGCAUGUCCGCCUCGGAGAGCACCAGGGAUCAUUUGGAUCUGGUUUACAUCGGUGUGGAGGUGCUGAUCGCUGUGGCCUCGGUGCUGGGCAAUGUGCUGGUCUGUUGGGCAGUCAAGAUCAACCGGGCUCUCAGGGACACCACCUUCUGCUUCAUCGUCUCCCUGGCUCUCGCUGAUAUCGCCGUGGGGGGUCUGGCCAUUCCCGUGGCCAUCACUAUCAGCCUGGGCUUAAAGACACAAUUCUACAGCUGUCUCUUUAUCACUUGCAUUCUGAUAACGCUGACUCAGAGCUCCAUACUGUCCCUUCUGGCUAUCGCUGUGGAUCGUUAUCUUCGGGCCAGGAUCCCCACCAAGUAUAAGACUAUUGUGACACAAAAAAGAGCAUGGAUUGCUGUUGGAAUGUGCUGGCUUGGAUCUAUUCUGAUUGGGCUAACUCCAAUGUUUGGCUGGCACAACCGAAGCAACGGAGAUGUGCAAAAGGAGGAAAUGAAUUCUAGCUACAAAUACAUCAUAUGCAAUUUUACAAAGGUGAUCAGAAUGGACUACAUGGUGUAUUUUAAUUUCUUUGGAUGGGUGCUCUUACCAUUAAUCAUCAUGUUUGGCCUGUAUGCUGAAAUAUUUUGUAUAAUUAGGAAGCAACUAAGCAAAGUGACCAAUGCUAUGGACUCAAGGAAAUAUUUUGGGAAGGAGCUUAAACUUGCCAAGUCCCUUGCUUUAGUUUUAUUCCUGUUUGCUGCCUGCUGGAUCCCUUUGCAUGCCAUGAACACUAUAUGGUAUUUUUGCCCCCAGUGCAAUGUCCCAAAAACUGCCUUCUACAUUGGAAUAUUUCUGUCCCAUGUAAAUUCUGCUGUGAAUCCAGUGAUAUAUGCUUUCAGGAUAAAGAAAUUCAGGACAUCAUUUCUUCAGAUUUGGAAUAAAUAUGUUUUAUGUAAAAAAGGGAACUUAAGUAUGUAUAGUUUUGAUGGCCAAAUUGUAACAGAAAACAAUUUUAACAGCAGUGUGUGA